UGCAUAAAACUGUUGGCCGUGUGACGAGUGAUGCAUCUGAUAACAGUGAUAACGAAGAAGAUGAGGUUACAAAGUUUCCUUGGCUUAAAGCUGUUGCUAUGGUCAGCGGGUCGACGAAUUUUAUUUGCGAUCACCGUGACGUGUGUGCGCCAGGCUGCAUUCGACGGCAAACUCAAAGCUGUGUUAAGUUUAUGUCCGCCUUGAAGACAAUUUAUUCCAAACCGGUUAGCCAACUGGCGGGCAAUACCAGCAGGAAAUUGGAAAGCGAUAAAGGCAGACAGUGUAAGCUAAGCACGAAAGAAUUAACGAUUAAACAGAAAGAAGAACGAGACAAGAUUAUGAUAAUGUAUGUGAGUGAAAAGGUAAGACGUGCAAGAUGUGUGGUGUUGUAGGUACGAAACAGGGUAUUGGGUCGGACUUCUAGUAUUUAUAGGCAAUUCCAGCUUUUAAUUUACGCGCGCAAGGGGGAUGGAAAGUAAGGCAUCAUAUAGCCUGCGUAGCAGGCGUUUAGUGCGGGCGGGAGAAGAAAAGGCGUCGUUAAAUGAACGCCUGCCCAAAUGCCUAUGAUUAAUUUGUUCUUCUCCGAAGAAUCUUCGGAAAAGCUUCCCAUUGGUUAAUCUCGUUAACGGAAGUAAUUACGUAACUCAAAUGUCAACAAUAAUUUUGCUCGCGUUGAUGCGUUUAUAGUCGCGUAUCAAAAAUAUGCCGCCUGUUAAUGCUUUCGAGGAAACUUUCUUAUAUUUCAAGUAUUUAGGCUUCAAAAUUCAGUUGAACCAGAACAGAGAAAGUAUAUUAUUAAUUUGCUACGUGGUGAAGACGCCGGUUAUCGCGAUUCUUCCUAGGAAUACGGAAAAGUUUGAUCUUUCAAUUAUACAUUUUAAAUAUAUCCUGAAUAUUUCUUUAAUAUAGUUGUCUUGUUAUUUGUUCACUUUAAACUUGGCAUUGCAGCUAUGAGGUUGAAUGAUGAUUUUAAGAAUAACAUUUCAAAACAUGCUCAACUGUUAUAUUUGCUAUACGGCAGAAUACGUUAAACAACCGUGGUUCAGGAGUCUUUUAAAAGAUAAAAGCUCUGUGCACGUUGUGACUGACUGUUGUCUAAAAUAGCUUCAAAAACUCAUUAAUAAUUCAUGAGGAAAACACAAAGAAAAAUCAUAAACGUGUCGUAUCCUUGAUAUGUGAUAGAGAUUUCCCUUGAUUUACAUAAAUUUUAAUGAUUUUCUCUACAUAUACACACCGAAUUUUUUGAAAGCUACAUCGCCAAUGAACGUAUACUAGAAGCAAUUUAAAACAUUCGCAGUGCGUGUAUUAUCAGACCAUCUUUAUAUCUGAUAAAACACUGCUGCUCGUGUUUUAAAUAGUGCAUAAAAUCUCUGCAAAUCUCCGUAGUUGCCGAGCAAAAAGCAUGCAUGAUGCUAAAUAUAAAUCUCGACUAUGAUUGGAUAAUGGGUGAAGGUGCUAAUUACAAAACGUCAAUCAUCCUUAAUGGGCGAAAACAAAUUGUCAUAGCCAAUUUGGGCAGGCGUUCCCUCAGUUCCCGCCCGUCAGCUGAACGCCUGCUACGCAGGCUAGGCAUCAUAUUGCUGAUUAUGCUAAACAAUAAAAAUGGCGGCCGUGUAAACACGGAGUGAUAGCUUAUACUUGUAGAUAUUGAAAUAUUUCGGUUGUUUCGGCAGUUGUUAUUGAACUUUUUCAGCAUAAUCAGCAAUAUGAUACCUUACUUCCCAUCCCCUCCUGCGUGUAUAAAUUAAAAGCUGGAAUUGCCUAUUGAGGCGACGUCUGAGACUGGAGCGAGCUUAGAGGAAUUGAAAUUUUAUUAAUUUUUAUAUCGUCCUUCUAAUCGCAUUCAGUGAUAUGUCCUGUCCUUUUAAAGGACUUAAUCAAAAUUUUCCCAGUCCUCUGACGUGUGAGUACUCGUGACCAAUUCUGUAGUAUCAUGUGAAAUAUAAAGAAACUGGGUUGGCUAAUUUUCUCAAUUGUCAAUUACUAUACGGAAUUCUAAAUUUCUAAUUUAAAUAGUAUUUUUAAUAACACAACAAAAAAACAAAAUAUCUCGUAAAUAAGUGCAGUACUGUGAUUCAAAUGUAUUUUUGUGGUUACAUGUACAGGGGUAUAUGCAUUGUAGUAAGUUAAAGCAAGAAAAUUUAAGAAUUUCAAACGCGGGUAUAUGAAAUAAUAUAGUAAGUUUGCAUGUUACUAUUUAGGCAGCAUCUAAAAGUGAUGGUUUCUACUAAAUUUGCUCUUGUGCAAUAUUUUCUUGGUCUAGAAAUAAAAGUACAUGGUGGUAUUUGAAUACACACACAUGCACAUUGCAAAUUUGCUAGGCCAUAUUAGGUGUAUAUAUAAGGUGUAUAAUUGUAGCACUAACUACAAUAUCGUCUCGCGUAACGUAUAAGAGUUUUUCCAUGAGUAAUAACAUGACUUGAGGGAAAUCGUGAAAUAAUUAAUUUACCAUAAAAAAAUAUUACAGAGGCGAAUGCAACUGUUUAACAACAUUCUCCCUAUUACUGCUCUUUUACGACAUUAGGUUGCCCUUAAACCCAUUUUAGUGGGGCGGAUAAGCGCACAAUUUUGCAAUAAUUGUGCAGUUAGUGAAGAAAGCAACAUAUUAACAGUAUGUGUAAACUUUGACACAAGUAUGCAUAUCAGAUAUGGAGGCAUCUGUGAAAUAAACGCUGACAGCUAAAAAGUUUGAAUUUCUGAUAUUUGAAUAUAAAUUUCUAUUAGCCUACUGAAGGUAGCUCGCAGAAAAAAGAAGUUGUAUGGUUGAAAAGUACCCAAAAAACUGUCGACAACGUCUAUAGAAAAUUAAAGCAGUUUUUUAUUUGGCAAGUCGUUUUUAAGUUAAUCAGUUUCGACAUCGUACAAGAUAGUUACAAAAUAGGUGCAAAGACUGGCACUAGCUUCAAAUCGCCUUUUUUAACAGGUUGCAGCUCAGGAAACAUUUGGAAAAUCAAAGAACUGCUUUAAUGUUCUAUAGACAGUUUUUUUGUGUACGUUUCAACCAUACAACUUAUUUUCUCUGUGAGCUACCUUGGAAUUUUAAAUUUCUAUCAGUAAUAGAAAUUUAUAAUAAAAUGUCAGAAAUUCCAAAUUUUUGGCUCUUAGCGUUAAUUUCACGGAUGCCUCCAUAUCUGAUAUUCAUACUUGCGCCAAAGUCUACCCAUCCUGUCAAUAUGGUGCUUUCUUCACAAAAUGCACAAUACUUUCACUUAUCCGCCCCACUAUUUGAACAGGCUUUGCCGUUGGUUAAGACACUAAACUAUAGAAAUCAUGCUUCUAAAUAAUGAGUCAUAAGCACUGCUCAAUUUUGUUUCAGAAAUAUAUCAGAAAACGUGUUCAUUUUGCAGGUUCGAAGUUUAUUCAAUUGCCCUAUGUCCGUAAUGAUCAAAGGUGCUGUGGUAAUGGAGCCAUCUUUAUUGUUAGACAUCAUACCUCUGGCUUGGGAGCUUUUGGUAAAUCCAUUGGAGGAACUAGUUUCCACUGCAGGUGUGUUCAGCUUUAGGCUAGGCGGUACUCAAUUGCAUUAAAUGCCUUUUUAAACCAACUGAGUGUGAACAGCAGAAAAGAAAGAAUGAAUGAAUGAAUGAGUGAGUGAGUGAGUGAGUGAAUGAAUGAAUGAAUGAAUGAAUGAAUGAAUGAAAGAAAGGAAGGAAAAGGUAGAAAGAAAAGAAGGAAGAAGAAAAGAAAAAUUGAGAGAAACAAUUAAACAAACGAACGAACAAACAAGCAAGAAGGGAAGUAAGGAAUGAAAAGUGCAAGAAUAAAAGAUUGUGGGCUGGAAUGCUAGAAAGACAAUGAGAGAGUCGUUGAUGUAUUAAAGUACCUAAAAGCGACGCCGGCGGAAAUGCAUGUACAUGCAGAUGCCAUAUGAUGCUAAACACACAUUUACGAAAACAAACCUAUGAAAAUAAAACAUGGGCAAACUAAAUUUCAUCUGUUAUAUUUCAGCCGCUGUUUUCCUUAUCGCCAGUUUACAUCUGAAAGAGGUUGUUGAAAAGAUGCUUCAUAAAGAACUGACGUGCGACAGCUGUGAACACCAAGUAAAGUCUUUGAUGAG